AUGGAUAUAACACCUGAUCUAAGUCAUUUAACUGAAGAUGAACGAAAAAUCAUCGAGGCGGUUAUUAACCGACAGAAGGCUGAAGAAAAACAAGAUGCUUUGGCAUUACAGUCUCGUAUGGAUGAUUAUUCAGCACCUGUGGCUAUGGCUGGUCGUCGAAAUUCACAACAAGCAAAAACAUAUCCUCAUGGAAGUUUAUCGAAUGAAUCAGGUGUUUGUUGUGAAGUAUGUCAAAAAACGAAAUUCGUCGGUGAACAAUCAGCAAGACAAUGUUCAAUAUGUAAAAAACGUUUUUGUGUUCGAUGUGGUGUACGACUAAAAGGACAUCAAUACAAUAAGACAUUUUGGCUUUGUAAUAUAUGUCGUCAGAAACAAGAACGUUAUUUUUCUUCACGAAAACUGAUUCCGACAACAAGUUCAGUUUCGCAAUUGACCACAACUGCAAUCAAUACGAAUAAUAUCAAUGAUGAAAAUACGAAAAAUAUCUCGAAACAAUAUGUCUCAGAUUAUAUUCUAUCUCAGCCAUUCGAUAGCAAUGAAAAGGAAGAUGAAGAAAUGAACAUGAACAGAAAUGGUGCUAAUACAAAAAUCAAUCCAACUUCUGCGCAACCACGGAAACGUUUACUUCCAACAGCACAUAUUCGACGUCAACAACAACAAAAAGAGUCGAAAGACGAAUCGAGCUCCGAACACGAAGACGAUGCUGCGUCUUCUCCGGAAUCAGCUUCGAAUGUGGAUGAUAAUGAAUCUGUGCCACGUGUGAACAAAGUUGAUGAAGAUGUUCUUACAUCAUUACCAUUGUCACGAUCAAUCCAUCAUCCACAAAUCCGUUUGAAAGAAUUCCAAUACCAUUCACUUGAAGAGAAAGAUAUCGGACAUGAAACAACAUUGAAAGAUUCAGGAAUUGAUACCGCGAGUUCGAGUACAAUACUGAAUGUUUUAUCAACGGAUCCAUAUCGUCAGGUCUUUACAAUUUAUUCUGAUUAUGGAGAUCUUUGUGGCAAUUAUUGUUGUGUUUCGUGUCGUUUCUGUCUUCCAACAACAACUUGGCGUUUCAAUGAAAGUAGAACAGAACAAAUCGGUUAUGUUCAUCUGAAAAACAACACAUGGUCACCAGCGAUUCGUGAAGACUAUGAGCAAGGAAAUAUGGCGAAAGAGGACAUAUUCACUGCAUUAGGUCUAAAAGUUCAAGGUGGUGUUCGUCAGGAGAAUGAUGAUGGAACUGAAACAAUGGUUGCUGAAAUCACUCGAGUAACACCGGGUAGUGUCGCUGACAAUAGUGGUCAAUUACAAGCUGGCGAUCAAGUUCUUGAAUGGAACGGACAAAAACUAACAAAUUUAAAUUAUAAUGAUGUUUAUCGUAUUAUUUCUCAACAUUCGAUGCAAUCACCAGAUAUACAUAUGAUUGUUAAACGACCGAUCAGAUAUUCAACAUUGUCAAAUAACGAACAAUCAUUACCGAAUCCUCCUAUUUCAAGCAUAUCUUCCCAAGGUAAAGAUUAG